AUGGAAACCGACGUGCUUCACGUUCAUUGACUUCUUCCUCAGCAUGAUUUCUCCACUUUCUCAUCCAAUCCCAUCCACCUUGUAUAACAAUCUCUCGCCGAACGCAAGAAAAUGCGAAAAACAAAAUCAAUCAUGAAUCACAAAAGUGCAAAGCACACGCUUCUAGAGCGACCUUGGUUCAUCGUGCUGGCUCUAGCUGGUCUUAUCGGUGGCGCACUGCUCAUCACCAGUUUCAUCCGAUCUACGGACAACACUUUAUCACUAUGUUCCACGGCUAAAACAACUGCACAAUCCAUAGCAGAAUACACAGCCACACCCAUCCAGCUCCAAUCCAUCGUCCAUUACGCAACCUCACGCACCGUCCCUCAACAAACCUUCGAUGAGAUCUCUAUCUCCUUAGAAGUCCUUAAGGACCGUUUACCUUGCAAUUUUCUUGUCUUUGGCCUCGGUCGUGACUCCCUCAUGUGGGCCUCCCUCAAUCCAGGUGGCACCACUGUGUUCAUGGAGGAGGAUCCUGAAUGGAUCCAGGCCGUCCUCAAGGACGCACCGUCCCUAAGAGCCCACCAUGUUCAGUAUCGGACCCAACUUUCUCAAGCGGACCAUCUUCUCAAAACCUACCGGUCUGAACCUAAAUGUUUACCCGCCAAUGCUUUCCCGAUCCGCUACAACGAAAAAUGUCCAUUGGCAUUGACUUCACUUCCUGAUGAGUUUUAUGAUACCGAGUGGGAUUUGAUCAUGGUGGACGCACCAAAAGGGUACUUCGCAACCGCGCCAGGGAGGAUGGCAGCCAUAUUCUCAUCAGCCGUCAUGGCACGUAACCGGAAGGGUGCUGGCACGACGCACGUUUUCCUUCAUGACGUUGACCGCAAAGUGGAGAAAGCUUACGCCAAUGAGUUUCUUUGUGAGAAGUAUAGAGUCAAAUCCGCUGGUAGGCUCUGGCACUUCGAAAUACCCAACGCCGCUAACAUGAGCGAUCAGCCAGGGGAUCGAUUCUGCUAGAUUGCUCCCAUAUUCGGUUACUGGUUACUUCCUUUACAUUGAACACCGCAUAGCUUUUCUGAUUUUUAAAUCGUUUGUUUUUAAAUACAACUAUCCAAAGGCUUCACAUUAAAAUAAACCAUUUAUCCUAUCGCUAUUACUCUUUGUUUUUGUAUGGUGUGCUGUAGAAAAUUACUGAAUGAAAGAACUUGACGUGCAAGGCUGGUUUGUCUUGGACAUCAAUGUUCGA